GUCGGAAAUUCUAGAUCCACCCCUCAUCCUUUUGCCACGUGUCCCCACCAAUUAUCUUUGAGACGAUUCUACCCUUCCUUCUCCUACUCUUCCCCGUCUCCUCCUCCAACCGGCAUUCUCAUCUCAUGUGAUCAGUUUUUAGUACUCUCAAUCUGUUUCUUUAUCUUUCUUUCUUUUUAUUAAAUCAUCCCUCCUGGGGGUCUAGUCCUCCUCCUCCUCCUCUCUACUACUGCUAUAGGAAUUUAGAAAUAGAGAAGUUUUUAGGAGUAAAUUGUUCCCACGGAUCCAAUCAACCAACCCAAGAAAAAUGGUGAACCCCUGAAACUUUCACUUCCUUCAAUAGCAAUUUCGACUUGAUUGCCUAAGAUAAUUGCUUCUGGGGCCUUCUCAUCUUUCCUCGUCAAUAUCAGGAGGGAAGGCCAUGUAACUUGUUAGCUUCAAACAGGAGCAGUGGGUUUGUUCGAUUGCACACUUUAUUUCUUCCUUGCUUACAGGAUGGGUAAGUGCAAAGGCUGUGGGAAAUUGGGAAGAAUGGCAAGGGAUAGGUCUGCAAGUUCUUACCAAUUUUCUCUUAUGCUAUCUCCUAUUGUUUCCGUUUGGGAUUGUGCUGUGCGCAAAAUGAGGUAUUCUUUCAGACCUGAGUAUGUGUAGGUAUAGUAGUGACUAUCAGAACUGUGAAGGUAUACUAGUGGUUGGAAUCACUUUGGUUUGGAUUUCAAGUUUUAUAGGAUACAGAACAGAAGGCAUAGACCGGUAGUAGUUAUAGAGAUGAUUUAUACAUUGUAGGGAGUUUUCUUGACGGAGAAACAAAGUGAGAAGAUAAUAUCGAGUAGGCUCAGUAAUUACAGUUUUUAGUUUUCUUUGGAUAAGAUGGAAGGUGCUAAAUUGCCAUCUGGUGUCAGAAAAGUGAAGAAGAAGCAAGUUAAGGAUGAGCUGGAUCGUAUCAAGCAGGCUGAAAAGAAAAAAAGACGACUGGAGAAGGCUCUGGCUACUUCUGCAGCCAUUCGUUCUGAAUUGGAAAAGAAGAAACAGAAAAAGAAAGAAGAACAGCAGAGGCUUGAUGAAGAAGGCGCUGCAAUUGCUGAAGCAGUUGCUCUGCAUGUCCUGCUUGGUGAAGACUCGGAUGACUCAUGUAAAGUUAUAAUGAAGAAGGAUGAAGAGCUGAACCGGUGGGAUUGCUGUGACAAUUUUGAUAUCCUUAUGGGUGGUAGGGAAGCUGUGGUCCCUCAUGAAGACCUAUCAAACUAUUCCUUUAAGAAUAUGGAGUGGGUUUCUGAUACCCAGAGAUAUGGAUACGGGUGGAGUGACUGGGGGAACACGGGAUGGAUGGUUUCAUCUGAACCUAUGGGAAGGGAGCUCUAUCCACAAUACCUGGUGGAGGGAGGUUGGGAUACUGCUGGAAUCUCUGCAGGUCUUGUUGCUGCACAAGCUGUUUCAUCACUUAAAAUCGCAGAAGAUGCACAGGUGGACAAGUAUGUCUACAACAGAAUGUUAAGAGGUUGAAGAUAAAAGGUCUUCAGUAGAGUGAUCCAGUCAUUGGCGUGUUGUACUUGAUUUUGUGGUUUUGAAUAAUGACCUGUAUAUAUUUAAAGUGUACCCAGCCAUCUUAUUUAUCGGAUGUGAUGCUUGUGUUUUCUGAGAUUUGUCAAUCCUCGAGGUUCUUAUUAUUAGCGCAGGUAUUGUGAUUUGUUGGAAUUUCCUUGAAGUGAUUGCCAAGAUGAAUUAUGGAAUAAUUUUAAUUCGCUGCA